GACAUCAGGGGCUCGGGAGGGAAAGAAGAAAUCGAUACUAACCGUGACGGCGGGAGAGAAAAAUGGACAGGGGAGAACUGCCCGGCCCCAUUCGAUCCCACCCCCACCCCAUCGUUUCCUCUGGGGAGUCCCUGGCCUGCGCCCCUCCCUCACUGCCUCAUUUUCACCUACCCGGACCCCUCCGCACCAUCGAAGACCCCAGAAGUCAUUUUCUCGAAAAGUCCUCUCUGAUUACUCCCACUUUCUCAGUCAUGUUCUUCCUUCAGCCUUUGUGGCUUUAUACAUUUGCUAUUUCUUGGUUUGCGAGUGGCUGGCCUUCCUGUCUACUCCCUUGUUCUGAGCUCUGCCGUCUCCAUCCCUCUCUGGCCUCUGCGGUCCCCUCCCCUGGGUAAGCCGUGAACUCUGCGUAAGGAACCCUGCCUCUUGCUCUUCUCUAAAUUCUCGGAUCGGCAGUCCCAAGAAUGACAUUAUGUCCUGAGCACCUCCGGAAUGCCAGGCUCUGGGGUAAGCGCUUGGGAAGAACCAUCCUGGACAUCUCCUGGAUGGCAAGCCCUGCACUAGGAAUUUAGGAAACAUUCGACGAAAGGAAUAGAAGCACUCGGUGCCCCCGAGGACUUAGACUGUGACAUUCCCCAAGUCCCUGGGCCUCACUGCUUACACGCACGGGCUCCGUCUCUUCUGGUGCUUCUGCUCCACCUCGGGGGCUGGGACUGAGACCUGUUUUCCGGAGGUGGCCGGCCAACGGGGAGGGAAGCGCUGCCCCUUGAACCUAGUCCCUGAGUCGGAAACCUCGCUUCCCCUUCCCACUAGCCCACUGCAGGCUCUGAGGGAGAAGAGGAGUGCGCCGAGGACUGGUCUGGCUGGCUCCGGCUCUGCACCCCCCUUGGAGGACAUGAAGGCCCUGGCCGUGCAGGAGAUGAUGAACAGAAUCAAACGCGGGGUGGUCCUGAGACCCAUGUCUAAGGAGCGGCCAACCACCGGCCAGGACAGUAGCAAGCGCAGAAGUGAUGCUGUGAGUGAGCUGCAGAAUGUCCUGGCAAUGGGGCGGAGGCCACUGAGAAGGGGCAGCAGGAGACGGAGCAGCCAGAAGGGCCAGGACACGCAGCUGAGCGCCAUCCUGCAGAGACGUCGGCGACUGGUGGAUGUGCCAGGCGAAGGACCGGCCGGGGAUGGCGGAGGAGUCAGGGAGGAACGAGGACCAGCGCCUGGCCCACUGGGCUCGGAGAAGGUCCCGGCGGAAAACGUCCGGCUCAGACAGAGGACGGGGGCUCUGGAGAGGGGCAUCCCCCGCCUGCACGGGGCGGGGACCUGGCGCCGCUCAGACCUGCGCUUGAAAGGCGCCAGCAGCCUAGAGAAAGAUCGGUCCGGUGACGCCUGACCAGCCCUAAGUUGCGACUUCUGUAAUCCGACCCUGAGAGCCAGGAGCCCAGGGCCCGGAGAGGGGUUCGGGGCUGGCACUCUUGGGUUCCUGAGCUCCCUGCCCCCUCCCUCUUCCCCCCACCCCCACUGCCUCGCCUGCCACACCACCCCUGGCUUGCUGCUUUUUGGAGUUCCCCCCACCACGGACCAGCCCACCCAGGGCCCUCGAGCCACCGGACGAGGCAGGAGCUUGAGCACAGCUUCCUGCUGGGCCCCACCACCAGCUUCCCCGGCAAGGGAGGGUUGGCACUGGUGCCACCCAGGUUGCCCCCGAUGGCCACGCAGCCUUGACUCCCAGCCUCACUCCCCCUGGGUCUCCGACCGGACCGCAACGGGCCGGACCCAAUCUUGGUCAGAAGCCCCAAGCCCCCUAAGAAUGAGAAACUGAUCCCCGGUCAUAUGUGUGACGUGCGACCAAGCUCAGGAAAGCCUCUUUCAUUU